AUGCCACCAUUCGCCAACAACAACCCAUUUCACACAAGUGACCACAACACUGCGCUACUAUUCAACGAUAUUCCCUUUUCCUUCUCUUUCUUCAAUCAUGUUCCCAACCCAACCACCAUCGUCAAUCCAGACGUUAAAUUAAUGGCCAAGGCAUUAUUGAAAAAAGACACUAAAACCAAAUUGAAAUCAUUGAAUGGCCUAUUAAAUUAUUUUGAUCAAACAACCCAAGACUUUGAUUAUUCAUUUCUCGCAUUUUUCAUUCAAGAAUAUCCAAAAUUAGUGAUCAAUAAUGAUAAAUUCAUCAGGCUGACGGCACAUAGAUUACCAGCUGUAUUAUUACAAAGUUAUGGUAAAAAAAUCGCGGUUUAUUUGAAGAGUCUUGUCCCAAUUUGGUUAGUGGGUCUAUAUGACCUGGAUAAAGUGGUGGCAUCAGAAACCAUUAAGUCGAUGCAGGCAUGCUUCAAGAAUGAUCAAUCAAAAAUUGAGUCAUUAUACACCCUUUUCCAAAAAGAAAUAUUACAAGUGAUUGAAGAAUUCAUCACCUGUGAAAAUAUCGACACUUUGGUGGAUAAGAAUACUGUACCCCAAGACGAGGCUUCAAUGAUGUUCACACGAGCUUUAACUAGCUAUGUAUCAUUAUUAAACCAUAUAAUCGCUAACGAUAUAGUUCAAGAGAAAAAUAUCGAAUUGGUAAAAGAAAUUUUAUCAAAUAAUGGUAAACUUUGGAGUCACCUUUCGUCUCACCCUGACGAUUAUACCUACGUUUCAUUAAAAAAAGCCCUACUUACUUUACUCAACACCUGCUUCAUGUCAUCAAACGAAAACUACAAGUUGAGCAACUCUACGAUUUUCAAGCAAAUUUUCAAACUCAUGAAGGCCAUUCCUAGUUAUAAGAGUUUUUAUGCUUCUAUGAUGGAUUUGAUCAUUGUGACAUUAAUCAACUUGGACUUAUCAUCUCUCAAAGCUGAUAAUUUGGCAAAGUUUAAGAAGGCGUUUUCCAAAUUUUUAUCAAUAGGGUCAUUCAAUAAUAAUGAAUUUUUCAGCUAUUUAGAUAUACUAUAUGGAAAGUUGUCAAAGUCGAUCCUUGAUUGCAGUUCAAUUGAUGAUUUCAGUAAUUUCAUGAUUAUUCCAUUUAGCACCCUCCGUCUCAACAAUCCUUCAUCUACAAUCAAGUUCUUCAAAUUUUUCAACACUAAUUGCAGCAAAUUUUAUGAAAACCUUCCAGAGAAAUCCCGUUUUGUUGAUUUAUUGCAAUCGCAAAUCGCCCGCACCAAUAUUAAUGAAAACUAUUCCUUUAUUAUGAACAAACUAUCUCAAUCAGAUUUAGACUCAAUUUUAACAUAUCUCAAUGAUCAAGUCGCAGAGGAUAAUUUGGCAAAUUAUACUAAGCUCUUACGGAAACUCGAAAACCAGAAAUCUGCAUAUUCAUAUUACUGCAAAUUUUUCAGUAGCUUAUUGAAAAAUGACUCUCUUCUCAAAGGUUUUAACGAUCUUUCGUUUGAAGGAGUUAAAGGUGCUCAUGGUGGACCAGAAAACCAGCGAAUGAUAUUAGAAUUGUUUUUAACAAUAAUCAAAAAUAAUGACUAUGACUAUGAUGUCAAUAAGUUGGCAAUUAUAAACUUUUUGAGCUCAAAUAUUUCUCCAUAUUUGAAAAAUAACCAUUUCAAACUAAUCACCAAGAUUUUGGUGGUAGUGGACAAGAAUUUUAAAUCAAGCGCUCUUUCCAGUAUUCCUGAAUUCGAGUUUUCGAAAAAUAUUUCUAAUAGACUUGACGAUCUUGUUAAAUGGGUGAGUGGCAAGAUUGAUGAUAGUGAAUUAAGGGCACAAUUUUUAACUUUCUUGGACAAUUUUGCAAACUCCAGUCAAAUCACUUCUGAACCUUUAAACUCUUAUAUUACAAAUAAUUUGGUUUUGGUCACCCAUAGUAUGAAAUCAAAGUACAGUACUAUUUUACGAAUUGUGUUUAAAUAUUGCAAAACUGAGACGUGGGCGAUUCUUUAUCUUGCAGUAUUAGCUGACUUGAAGCAAGAGAAUUUGUUGAGUUUCUGGAAACAAUUUUCCGCUACAAAGAAUUUUGAGCAAGAUAUGAUUGAUUUCGAUAAUCACUUUGGCAAGCUAGGUGAGGAAAAAGGAUUUUUUGGGAUCUUUUGGGAAAUCUUGGAUACUUCAGACUCAGCUGUUGACAAAAAACCGAUCGAAAAUAUUUUGAACAAAGUGGAAAAUAUCAUUGAACAAAAUGAACAAUUGCAUCAGUUAUACUUUAACACAUUGAUCAAUUAUUUAUCAUUGAGCAAAGGUGCAAAAAUUAUCACCUAUUUCUUGACAAGAUUUUCUACCUCUGCUGAAAGUUUAGGAAAGUCUAUUAUUCCAUCAACUGGAGAUUUUCUUCAUCAGUAUGUGAAAUUUUUCGACGCCAAUCACGCAUUAUGCUUGGCACUCAAUGAAAACUGUUUGAACAAUUAUCUUUAUACUGCUAUUGACAAAUUUCCAUCAAGAUUGAAUGAAUCAAAAUUCCAAUUUCAAAAUAUUGACCAGGUGAUCAUUUAUGGGAAUUUCAUCUUGAGUUUGGUUACCAAAUCAGAAAAUCAGCUUGGUUUGAAUGUCUCAGAAUAUGACAGUUUGUUGAUCAAUCUUGGAUCAUUAUCGUUGUUCACUGCCGACUACAAACUUUUCAAUACUUCAAACAAUAUCUUGGAUAACUUGGAAGGCCUCAGAUCAAUUGAAAAUAUGGAUAAUGUCCUAAUAGAAUUUAGGGAAAGUGCUAUCUCUGAAAUAUUGAACAGAUUUUGCAAGUAUGAACCUUUCUCAGUGAGAAGUCUCAUUGAUUCUAAUGAUUGCAACCCAAUUAGGAAAAUCCUUGAUUUCAAUAUCAAUUCUGGAAAUGAGUUUGUUAAAUUUUACUCAGCCAAAGUUUAUGAAGAUUUGGCAAUGAAAUGUGUUUCCAAGUUGAAUGUUGAAGAAAAUAUUUUCCCGCUGAUUCAAAGUAAUUACAUCAAACCCAAGAAAGUUUUGCACCUUUUCAGCUUGAUGCCUAUUUUUACCUCAGUCUUAACCAAAAAGAAUUUUGAAUUUUUCACAAAAACCUUAUUAUCAGAACUUUUGGGAUAUAGGUCAAUCACCGGCUCGUCGUUAUCGAUAAUUUUGACGCAUUUGAUCACUUUGAAUAAUUUACUCAUAGCUCAGGAAGAAGUAACUUUACCAAAGAUCCAGUUGAACAUGUUGAUAAGAAAUUUUCAAAGUUGGUUGGGCUCCGAUAUCAGUUAUGAUGUGGAAUUUAUUCCCGUACGUGUACAAUUGGUAAAUUUCUUCAAAGUCUAUUUAUCGAAAAAUCCCAGAUUCAAUGAAUCAGUGGAAUUUGUUAUUACUGACUUGUUCAUUGAAUCCUUGAAUAUCGUUUCCAGUUCAUCGAUAGAGUCUUUAGAGGAAUUUGAUGGUGAAACUAGUGAGGCAAGCUUGGACAUUUGUUUAAAUAUUAAUCUUAACUACAGCUUAUUGAAAUUUUUCAAUGUUUUGAAAGAUUUCUUUAAUGUUGAGGAAAAUAGUCACUUGGUGGAAGAAUAUUGGUCAAAGGAUACUAGAACGGAAAUCAAUGAUGAAUUUAAUAGAAUUUUGUCAUCUUUUUUCAAAAACCAGUAUAUUAGACAAUUUAAUUUGAAUCAAGGUACUCUUUUAAUCGUUGGAUCUUACAAAAAACAUUAUUCCAAUGGUAAUUUGGAUUUCACAGAGUUCAAAAGUUCCCUCGAUGAUUUGGUAUCCAGUUUUGUGCGUGACCAAUCGGGUAAUAAUCUUGUGUUAUUGGGAAUGAGAAAAUUGAUGUUUUGGUUAAUGGCUAAAGUCAUUGGGCUUUGUCAAAAAGAUUUUAUUUUGGAGUUUGCAUUAAACUAUAAAUCUAUGGUGAGUGAUAGUGCCUCGAUUGAAAAUAAUGAUAAAAUCUUCAAAAUCCCUGAACAAUUGAUCAACUCAAUUGAAAACGCUCCUAGAGACUUUAUUGAGUUUGAAUCUCUUGGAAAGACAUACAGUUAUUUGUGGAGUUGGUUGGAAAUUCUCAAUAUGUUUUAUCCUAAUAUUCCUGGUUUUUUGCAAAGUAUUUAUUUGAACCAAUUACCAGAAAACUCUAUCAAUGAGUUGCUCGGAUUCAUCUUCAAUCAAAUCGAUCUCUUUAAUGACCAACUUAUAGAUAUGAAGAAGUCUAAGUCUCUCGGCUUUGAUUCCAAAAACUAUGACAUCUUUAAUGUUGGUGGCAAUGAUGAUUUGGAAGAUGUGAAAAUUUUGCUAAUUCAUUUAUAUUAUAUGAUACUUUCUAAAUUUCGUUUCAUUUCUCAAAAUUGGUUCAUGGGUAUUAGAAAUAAACAGUUCAAGAGCACUUUGGAAGCCUUCACUACACGUUACAUUUCCCCAUCGAUAAUUGCUCUUGCCUUGGAUAAUAUUAAAGAACUUCUUGAAUCUGAUAGCCAUGAUGAUAAUGCUGAAGAUGACGAGGAUCAUCAUAUCGUGAAAUUCAACAAAUCCAACAAUGAAAUCAAAUCGCAAUAUUUCAUCGAUGACCAAUCGACAGAAUUAUCAGUGAAAUUACCGAAAUCUUUCCCACUUAGUAAUAUUAUCAUGGAAGCGCCGAUCCGACUCGGGGUCAAGGAAAAUGUCUGGCAGUCAUGGAUUUUGGCAUGUCAGAGCUUGGUGAAUAACGGCAAAUUCAAAACCUCCUCAACUUCGAACCAAGAAAACGUCUGUAACUUAGUCAUUGAGGCAGUGCAUUUGUUCGAUAAGAAUAUCAAAUUGCAUUUCAAAGGGUUUGAAGAAUGUGCUAUUUGUUAUGCCAUUUUACAUGCCCAAGAUAAAUCAUUACCAGCAAAGAAUUGUCAAACUUGUCAUAAACAGUUCCACGUUGGGUGUUUGUUGAAGUGGUUCAAGAGCUCAGGGAAUAACACUUGUCCACUUUGUAGGCAAGAAUUCAAUUUCAGAGUUGGAGUAUAA